AUGUCCGCAACAAUCUUCCUGGAUAGUCGGCACACGCAUUAUACCAACCUCGACUUUCUGUCGGGAAAGGUCGUGCUGCACCUUCCCACGGAAACUGCAAUUGGAGGUAUUCAGGUGAAGCUGGAGGGCGUGAGCCGUACCCGGCUGUCUGGCCUUCGCCAUCCUCACCAUGUCAACUCGGAUAAGAAACGGACGGAGCUGGAGGUUCACAAGAUCCUCUACAAAGUUGCGACCGUCUUUCCUACACCGGGUGUUAUGCAGACAGGAUCACCAGCAACCUCGUACACUUUUGCGCCAGGUUCCUAUGAAUACCCAUUCAACUUCAAGGUCAGCUGUCUUGAUUUUACAAGCGCAGACAUAUUCCUUGGAGAGUAUCUAACUCUUGAUUAG